AUGAUGGACAUUGAGGCAAUGUUACAGCGCCUCAAUCCAAAUGCGGAGGAGUAUGUCCCAUCGACAGUGCAGCACAGGCCGACUGCUAUUGUUCGGACUAUUCCAUCCAGAUACGCUUCUUUUAAGAGGAAUUCCAUGCAGAAGCCGCAGAAAGUUCCUGCUUGUGCCGAACGUUGGCGACGACAGCCGAGAACGUUACAGAAGAACAACUUGCUACACUUUUCUUGUCCUGCGGUCAGGUCAUUGAUUGUCGAAUCUAGCCAGGGCGAGAAGGAAAUGUGUGCUCGCACUAUCUACUGUACAAACAUUGAUAAGAAGGUUGCUCAUUCUGAUGUGAAGCUGUUCUUUGAGUCACUCUGUGGAGAGGUUUCACGUCUUCGGUUGCUUGGAGACUCCCAGCACUCCACUAGGAUUGCCUUUGUGGAGUUCGUGAUCGUAAGUCCUGGCCCGGCAACUCCCCACCCUCGAGUCCUUGCCGCCGCUUCCCUGCCUCUCGUCGGCCACAUGCAUCCGGAGUUCCUCACCGUAAUGGACGAGGUGAAGACGUGGCUGCAAUACACCUUCCAGACGCAGAACCCGUUCACAAUCGCCGUCAGCGGCUCCGGCCACGCCGCCAUGGAGGCUGCUGUCGCCUCUGUGGUGGAGCCUGGCGAUGUGGUGUUGGUGGGGGUGAAUGGCAUCUGGGGCGAGCGCAUGAUGAUCCUGGCAGCGAGGUACGGCGCUGACGUCCGGAAGAUGGAGGCAGAACCGGGGAAGGUGUUUUCCGCUGCUGACGUGGAGAAGGCUCUGGCGGAUAACCCAGGCGUGAAGGUGGUGUUUGUGGUGCACGGCGAGUCCAGCACGGGAACGCUGCAGCCUCUGGAAGGACUGGGGGAGCUCUGUCAUAAGAACGGCGCACUUCUAUUCGUGGAUGCAGUGUGCACGCUUGGAGGGAUCCCUCUGCACGUGGACGCAUGGGGCGUGGACGCCAUUUACAGCGGCUCCCAGAAGUGCUUGUCUGCGCCUGUUGCCCCGUCACCCCUCUCUCUCAGCGAGAGAGCCCGUGCAAAGCUCGCCAACCGCUCCACGCCUGUCCAGUCCUACUACUUCGAUAUGAACCUGGUUGGGGAGUAUUGGGGAGUGGAUGGCCAACCCCGCAAGUACCAUCACACAGGCCUGGUGACAAAUGUUAACGCCAUGAGGGAAGCACUUGCCAUGCUGGCCGAGGAGGGUCUGGAGAAUGUGUGGCAGCGCCAUCGCAGCCAGGCCGAGCUGCUGUGGGCGGGGCUGCAGGAGCUGGGACUGGAUCUAUUUGUGGAGGACCACGACUCUCGCCUGCCCACCGUGACAACAGUGAAGGUGCCUGAAGGCGUGGAGUGGACUAAAGUCACAGGCCAUCUGAUGUCAAAGUUCAACUUGGAAAUAGCUGGAGGACUUGGUCCUACAGUUGGCAAGGUAUGUUGUGCAUGA